CUCAAUCUCAUCCCCACAACCCAUCUCUUUCUUUCUCUACAACUUUCUGUGUCUACGAAUCUUUACAUCUCCUUGAAUGGCGUCCAAUACCCAAUCCUAUUUCGAAGAUUUAUUGCCAAUCAUGGCCGACAAGUUGGGCGGGGAAGGCUUGAUCGAAGAGCUGUGUAAUGGGUUUAGGUUGCUGAUGGACGGUGAUAAAGGGAUCAUCACGUUCGAUAGCCUCAAGAGAAACGCUGCCCUGUUAGGGUUGCAGGAAUUGAGGGACGAUGAUCUGAGGGGAAUGUUGAGAGAAGGCGAUUUCGACGGUGAUGGAGCACUCAAUCAGAUGGAGUUUUGCGUUCUGAUGUUCAGAUUGAGCCCCGAGUUGAUGGAACACUCUCAGUUUUUGUUAGAGGAAGCCCUUCAACAGGAAUUGAGAGACUUGUAUUAAUUUUUAUUUUUUAUUUUUUUUUUUGGGUUACAGAAAGACUUGUAUUAAUUCUAAUUAUGAUUUUCUUUUUACAUACAAAUCUUUGUCCUGUUGAAUCAAAAACAAAAAUGAAUCAAAAAAAUUCUUUGUCUUGUUGAUUGCUUCGGA